AUGCUUCGAAAACAAUUGCUCCGCCAGGUGCGCAGCGUCUCAGAGUCGCUAUCAGUGUCACCGCAAAUACGACGGUCGCCAUUUUCCUCCGCAGCCUUCGUUGCUCCUCGUACAUCUAGACCGGCCUACCUUUCAUCACGGGUAGGGCAAAGAUGGCAGUCCACAGAGGCAGAGCAGCAGAAACCUGUCGCAGAGGCGGCCCCUUCGUCAGAACAAGGGAAAGCUGCGGAGGAGGCAAAACAAGACCCUCUCAAGGAAGAGCUUGAGAAGGCUAAGAAGGAGGUUAUAGACCUUAAGGACAAAUACCUCCGUUCCGUGGCCGAUUACCGUAACCUGCAAGAGCGGACACGACGAGACAUGGAAUCCGCGCGCCAAUUUGCCAUUCAACGCUUCGCAACCGACCUGCUCGACUCAAUAGACAAUCUCGACCGUGCCAUGUCGUCAGUACCCCAAGCCGCCCUUGGGAUCACUUCGGAACCCAAUAAGGACCUUGUCAACCUGUUCUCAGGCCUACAGAUGACGGAGGAUAUCCUCAUGUCGACGCUGAAAAAGCACGGUCUAGAGCGCUUCGACCCCCUGGAAGGGGGAGGGCGCAAAUUCGACCCCAACACCGACGAGGCGACUUUCUUCACCAAGGUGGAGGGGAAAGAAGACGGAGACGUCUUUUACACCCAGAGCAAAGGAUAUAAAUUGAACGGUCGGGUUGUGAGGGCCGCCAAGGUCGGAGUCGUCAAGAACUCCUAG